CCUAUUGCUGAAAUGGCACCUAAGAAGAGAGCAAAAGUGGAUAUCAUUCCCGACGAGUCUUUAACUGCUAUACAUCAAGUUGCCUGUAUGCUGAUGAACAUCAGUGAUGUUUAUUAUUUCUUGAGUUACUAUUACAACGAUCAGGUGGCAGUGGCUGGUUUUGGAGCACAUGUUCAGGACCAGGCUGUGACGAGAUGGCACGAAGCAAAAAAGUCUCUGAAAUACAUCACAGGAAGAGGUAAUAAGGUCUGCCUUCCAGAUAUUCAGCAGAGACCUGAAAUAAACAACUGGGAUCAUUUUAACUGUGUGACAAUUGCUCUAAGUAUGGAAAAAGAAUUAACCAAGGUCCUGCAAAAUCUGCAUGCCUCAGCCUUUAAUACUGGAGAUACCGAUACAUUAAAAUUUGUGAGAGAGUUCAUACCUAAACAGAACACAAAUGAAGAAUGUUUGGAAAAGGAAAUCGCUGAGCUGAAGAGGCGAAAUGAGGAGGCUCAGAUGUAGGAGGAAGAGGAGGAGAAGGGAGAGGAAACACGCCUGCACCCUGUCACCCUGACUUGGAGCUGCCAAGGAAAUAACUGAGUGGUGGCAAAUAGGAGCAGCCAUUUUAUUGCUGGUCCUAGAGUCAGUAAUUUAAAGUCUGUCUUUUCCACUUGC